AUGAAAUCUCAGGCUGCAACAGAAAGGCUGAGAUAUUUGAUUAAAGAACACAAAAUCUCUUUUGUGACUCUUCAGGAACCUUUUAUCAAUGAAUCAAAAUUAGAAUCAUACAAAUUAACUCUUGGGAUGCAAGGGGCUUAUGCUAAUGUGAACAACAAAAUUUGGAUCUUUUGGGGGAAUGAGCUGGAAUGUUCUGUCUUUUGUUCAGAAGACCAAAUGGUUACUUGCAGAAUCCAAACUCAUUCUAAUCAACAAGUUUAUAUCUCUGUGGUUUAUGCUAAGUCAAGAUCAGCAGGCAGGGAGGAUCUAUGGAGAUAUAUGAGAGGUUUUGCCUCAACUAUUAACGAUCCAUGGAUGAUAUGUGGUGACUUCAACUGCAUAUUGUCUAUGGAUGAAAAGAAAGGAGGAAAGCCAUACAGUUUCAAGAAAAGUUUGCCUUUCAUUGAAUGUAUCCAAGAUUGUGGUGUUAAAGAUAUUGACUUUUCAGGGAAUAUCUUUACCUGGUCAAAUGAAAGGAAAGCGGAGGAUGUGAUUUGGAAAAGGCUGGAUAGGACUCUAUGUAAUGAGAAAUGGAAUGAGGCUUUCAACAUUACUGACAAUAUCCAUCUUGCUAGAAUCAGUUCUGAUCAUUGUCCUCUCCUGAUCACCUGUAAGAACAAUCAACAGUCAUAUGUUAAGUACUUCAGAUUCUUGAAUUUCUGGACAGACAUUGAAGGGUAUCAGAAUAUUGUGAAAGAUAACUGGAUCACACAUACAAGUGGCAAUAUAUUUUGGGAGGUCCAGCAGAAACUUAAGAAUACAAGCAAAGCUUUGGGAGACUGGUCCAGAACCAAGAUAUGA